AUGCGCAACCUGUGCUUUUCUCGAAUAGGGCAAGAAGGGCCGGGAGUCCCGGGAGCUGAAUACAAUGCGACUGUCACAGGUCGCUCAACGCAGCGCCCUCUCGCAGGCCUCGCAGUCACAAGAGUGAACGCACAGGCUGCAGCAACCGCCUCAGCAUCUCGGGCUUACGAGAGUCAUCACCAAAAGCUUCUUUGUGACGUAAGAAACGCUGCUGCCACUGCGAAAUCAAGAGCAAUAGAGACACUUGACCGCAGGCGCGCCCGUCAAUCCAGGGACGCUGCUGCAACAGCGACCGCUAGAGCUGCUGAGACACCGUUCUGUAGGUCUGUUCGAAAUGCUAGAUAUACUGCCAUCACUGCCAGGUCGAAGGCAGCUGAAACAUUUUACCGCAGACGCGCCCGUCAAUCCAGGGACGCUACUGCAACAGCUAGAUCAAGGGAGUCCGAGAAAGAGCUGCAGCGGCCAACCUGCAAUGCCUGUAACGCUGUAGCGCUUUCUACUGCCAGAAACUCCGAGGACACACAGACAAGGGCAAACAGACUUUCAAGGCCUGCUACAAACAUGGCCGCUGUGCGCUUAUCUCAAACUCCCCAAGCUCGCCGCAUACGCCUCGACGGCAACAUUCAGAGCCUGGCAGCCGCCCGUGGUGUUACCUGUCUCAGUAGCUUCUUUUGGUUUUUCUUGGCUUUCAAUUACGACCCCGGCAUUAACUUAACUACGCCUGAUGAUCUCAAUGUAGGGUCCAUGACCUACGGUUGUCAAUUCUGCAAUGCCCGCAAACGGGCCGGGGAUAUGCUCCUUCGGCAUAGUUCGACUGCCACCUCUGCAUGA